AUGACGAGGACGGACCCCUGGGAGCUGCUAGGCGUCGCGGAAGGGUCCUCCGUCGAUGAGAUUAAAGCAGCCUUUCGCGCCAAGAUCAAGAACGUCCAUCCCGACGUGUACCGAGGGGAGUUGGAUGCUGAGGCGAUCACAACCCGCCUCGUGCUCGCCUAUGAGUUGCUUCUAGAGGAGGUGGAGAAUCCUACGGGAGGCAGAAGAUGGAGGAGAGAGGAAGAGGAAGAGGAGGAGGAGGGGGAUCUAUGGCCCUGGGUCAACGAAAUUCGUUGCCUUGGUCAAUCCUGUCGCUCCAGCUGCAUAGUGACUGCGCCCUUCCUCUUCUCCUAUGCGGAGGACACAGCCAGGGCCCGUGCCAUGUCCCCUGAUGCCUUCCAAGGGCCCGUGCCAUGUCCCCUGAUGCCUUCCAAGGUAAAUGGUGGUGAUUGGUGCUACAGCCGGUAA